UUUUUUCUUCCACUUGCAUCGAAGCAAGCGACCCAGCGUGCAUCAUUCCAUUUGUCAUCAUCAAAACCAUAUAGACUUGGGGGUUUCCAAAACGGGAUGGUGGUUAUCUGUUAUGUCUCUUGGCGUUUUGUGUGUGUGUAUCCAUAUUGA